CUCGUUGGCGGCGUGGCAGGCCCUCUCUGUCGCCUCCUUCCCCUAUCUUAACUCACUCCCUUCCUUCCCUUUCCUCCAUCACUCUCCUCUCCCCCAAAAAGCUGCCUCCGUCCGUCCCCGUCCUCCCCACCCCCACCACCACCGUACGCGCAGACAAGCCAAAAAUUUAACCCACCGCGCGCGGUUACACACGAGCCAGCUACCACUAGACGCAGCAGGCAGCAGGCAGCAGCUCGAUCAAGCUGCCGCGCCGAGACAUCGGAGAAGAGCAGGCGCAUGGGUGCUGCCAAGGAGAGUAGUUAAGGCGCAGAAUUUUCACGCAUGCCGCGGGGACUCGGGCGUAGAGAGUAGAAGCCGGGCGAGACAGCCGCGAUCUAUGGAUCUGGGCGCAUGGCGGGAUUCCCUCUAGGCGGAGGAGGCCACCACAGCCGCGGCGGACGCGACGACGACGGCAGCCACCCUCCCGGCAUCAACCCCUCCUCGUCUUCCUCCGCGGCCGCCUUCCUCUACGCCACCACCCCAUCGCGCGGCGGGUUCCAGCUAUGGCAGGGGCAGCCGCAGCCGCAGCACGAGCAGCAGCAGCACCCGUUCUACGGCGGCGCCUCCUCCAGCAUCAUCCGCUUCGCCGAUGACCCGGCCGCCUCCGGGUCUUCCUCGCGGGGCGGAGGGAGAGGGUCUGGCGCAGGCGCUGGCGCGGGCACAAUCAGCUGCCAGGACUGCGGCAACCAGGCCAAGAAGGACUGCCCCCACAUGCGCUGCCGCACCUGCUGCAAGAGCCGCGGCUUCGACUGCGCCACCCACGUCAAGUCCACGUGGGUCCCUGCCGCCCGCCGCCGCGAGCGACAUCACCAGCAGCCGCAGGGGCAGGCCUCCGCCGAGCCGUUCAAGCGCCCUCGCGAAGGCGGCCAGCCCUCCGCCACCACUCCUACCACUACUUCUUCAGGGGAGCACCAGCAGCAGAUGAUGGCGGCCGACAGGUUCCCGCGGGAGGUGAGCUCAGAGGCAGUGUUCCGCUGUGUGCGGCUGGGCCCGGUCGACGAAGCCGAGGCCGAGGUGGCGUACCAGACCACCGUCAGCAUCGGUGGCCACGUCUUCAAGGGCAUCCUGCACGACGUAGGCCCAGACACCUCCAUCACCGGCGGGACCCGCACCGCCCACCACGCCGCCGAAGGUUCCUCCCCGAGCACGGCAGCUGCUGGCGGCGCCGAAGGAGGCAGCGGAUCUACGGGUGCCGCCGCAGUGUCGUCAUCGGCUGUGGUGAUGGACCCGUAUCCCACGCCCGGCCCGUACGGUGCUUACGGCGGCGCGCCAUUCUUCCACGGCCACCACCCGAGGUGAUCAUAGGCAAGGUCACCUCAUCGCGCGCUUUAGACGCCAUGCCUUGGUUCGCUUUACCGUUAACUCUGAAAUUCUUAGAUGCUGCUGCUGCGAUCGAUCGACAUGAUGACUUCGAUUGAUCCUGUUGAUGCAUACAUAAAUUGAUGCGCUGGUUUUCUUUAGUUCAUCAGGUCAGGUCAGCUAAUAAAGGGGAACUAGCUAGGGAACAAUCAAUGAUUAAAAAUUGAAAUCUGACAGUUGAUUA